AUGUCAGUACCAACAGCGACGUCGCUGCGCGACAUCUACCCCGAAGACGCGGUCCCAGUCGAGACGAAGCGAUGGGAGAAACUCCUCGCAAGGUUCAAGGAGAUCCAUGGCAGGCAGGCAGAGUUCGUUGCUCGUAGCCCUGGGCGAGUCAACAUCAUCGGAGAGCACAUCGACUACUCUCUGUACGAGGUCCUACCCAUGGCCAUCACUGCCGACUUUAUCAUGGCUGUAGCUGUCCGACCCACAGAUGAGAAGCCCCGCAUACGGAUAGCCAACCUCAACUCGGAGAAGUUCCCAACACGAGAGUUUGACAUCCCCGAGGGAGAGAUCCCCAUCGACUCUUCGGAGCACGAGUGGACCAAUUACUUCAAGUCUGGUCUGAAGGGCGUAUCAGAGCUUCUCCAGAAGAAGCGCGGCAAAUUCCAGUCGGUCGGCAUGGACAUCGUCUGCGACGGCACGGUACCCAGCGGUGGAGGCUUGUCCAGUUCAGCAUCGGUCGUCUGCACAAGUGCGCUUGCUGUACUGGCAGCCAACGGCGAGGACAGCGUUGACAAGAAAGAGCUCUGUGAGCUUGCCAUUGUGUCUGAGCGUGCCGUUGGUGUAAACUCGGGAGGCAUGGACCAAGCAGCGUCCGUAUUCUCUCUCCGCGGUUCAGCCCUCUACGUCUCGUUCAAGCCCAGCCUCGACUACACCAACAUCGAGUUCCCCACAACCGACCCUGAGCUCACCUUUGUGACCGCCCAGAGCUUCGUAGCAGCCGACAAGCAUGUCACCGCCCCUGUGUGCUACAACCUGCGCGUCGUCGAAUGCACACUUGCCGCUGCAUUCUUGGCCAAGGCUUUCGGGUUGAAGAAGGAUCUGCCAACAGACUCCUCGCCACUGGGUGUCAGCUUGCGUGGCUUCCACGAUACGUACUUUGAGGAGAAGGAGGGCGUUUCAGACAACACAAAGACAUCUGUCUCCGACUUCGAAACACAACUGCACAAGCUCGUCCAACACACAGAAGACUACCUCACACAAGAAGAAGGCUACACAAGGUCUGACAUCUGCGCCCUCCUUGGCGUCUCCGAAGACGAGCUCAACCAGCGCUACAUGUCCAAAUUCCCAGUCCGCGCAGAGAGAUUCAUGCUCCGCCAGCGCGCCCUCCACGUCUUCACAGAAGCUCUGCGCGUCAUCAAGUUCCGCUCCCUCCUAUCUUCCCCACCCUCCACAGACCAAGCCUACCUCCAGUCGCUAGGCGACCUUAUGAACACAACCCAAGACUCGUGCCGCGACAUCUACGACUGCAGCUGUCCUGAGCUUGACGAACUGUGCCAACUAGCACGCGCCGCCGGCGCUACGGGAAGCAGACUCACCGGUGCCGGGUGGGGAGGUUGCAGUGUGCACCUCGUGCCCAAGGACAAGGUCGAGGCCGUCAAGAAGGCGUGGGAGGAGAAAUACUACCGCAAGAAGUUCCCGGACAUCACCGAGGAGAAGCUGGCGCAGGCCGUGGUUGUCAGCAAGCCCGGAAGUGGCAGCGUGGUUUUCAAAAUCUCCGGCGGCUCGCUCGUCUAG